GCCCUUGUCACUUACAUUCUUAUAGAAGCAACACAGCAUAGUAUAUUCUAUAUAUUUGGUCGAAACCUAUGCUUCCGCCAUCGUUCUAGUUUCUAUUCUAAACUGCAGCAGCCUCAAGAACACUAGUCAUCAUGGACAUCACUGAAAAUGAUGUGCUCAUUGAAGGCAAGGUGGACUGGAAAGGAAGGCCUGCUAUUAAGAAUAAGCAUGGGGGCAUGCUAGCCUCGCUGCCGGUCUUAGCAACGUUUGCAUUCGACAACAUGGCGAACUUGGCAUUAUCAGUGAACUUGGUGACAUAUUUCAAUGGGGUUAUGCAUUAUGACAUAUCCGACUCCGCAAAUCACCUAACCAACUUCUUAGGCACCAAUUAUAUGCUUUCCAUUGUUAUGGCUUGUCUUGCUGAUUCCUACAUUGGCCGAUUUAGAAUGGUUGUUAUCGCAGCGAUUGUAGAAUGUGUGGGGCUUGCAUUACUCACAGCUCAAGCUCACUACCCGGAGCUGAAACCACCUGCUUGUAACAUCUUUCUACCUACAGCAAAUUGCGAGAAAGUAAGCGGAGAUAAAGCUGUGUUGAUGUUCUCUGCGAUCUACCUACUAGCUGUUGGUGGUGGAGGUGUAAAAGCCGCAUUACCAUCACAUGGAGCAGACCAAUUCGAUGAAAAAGAUCCCAAAGAAGCUAGACAAAUGUCGACCUUUUUCAAUGGUUUGCUACUUGCUCUUGCAAUGGGGGGUGCGGUUAGCUUAACUUGCUUCGUGUGGGUGCAAGACAACAAAGGUUUCGACCGGGGAUUUGGGCUUUCGUUCAUCGCCAUGUUUUUGGGUGCAACUACAUUUAUUUUUGGAUUGCCAUGGUAUCGGAUACAUGUUGUGCAAGGAAGCAGUGCCAUUACAGAAAUUUUACAGGUUUACGUUGCAGCUAUUAGAAAUAGAAAGCUUCAACUACCUGAGGAUCCUUCUGAAUUGUAUGAAAUUCCCAUUGAUAAGGAGGCAGAACUUCAACAAGAAUACUUACCUCAUAGAGAAGUUUACAGGUGGCUAGACAAAGCAGCAAUUCAAUCAGAUAAAACUGAGACAUCUCCAAGUCCAUGGAAACUUUGUAGAGUUACCCAAGUAGAAAAUGCAAAAAUCAUCUUAUCAAUGGUUCCAAUUUUCUUGUGUAGCAUUAUUAUGACACUUUGCUUAGCCCAACUCCAAACAUUCUCGAUUCAACAAGGUGUCACCAUGGAUAUUAAGCUAACAAACUCUUUCAAUAUGCCACCUGCAUCCCUGCCCAUUAUUCCUGUAGUAUUCAUCCUCAUUCUAGUUCCAAUUUAUGACCGAAUCUUUGUACCUUUUAUUCGUAACGUUACUGGAAUUCCCACUGGAAUAACUCACUUGCAAAGAGUAGGAGUAGGGCUUAUACUCUCUUCGCUCUCAAUGGCAGUCGCUGCUAUUAUGGAAGUAAAGCGAAAAAACGUCGCUAAACACCACAACAUGCUAGACGCAAUACCUGUGCUUCAACCACUGCCAAUUAGUGCCUUCUGGUUAUCAUUUCAAUACUUUGUUUUUGGUGUGGCUGAGAGUUUCACUUUCGUGGGUUUACUUGAAUUUUUCUAUUCUCAAGCACCAAAAUCAGUCAAAUCCAUCUCUUCUAGCUUUCUAUGGAGUGCAAUGGCAGUUGGAUAUUUCAUGAGUAGUAUCAUGGUGGAUAUAGUGAACCAUGUGACAAAAGGAGCCACAAAAGGGGAAGGAUGGUUGGCUGGAAACAACCUUAAUCGAAAUCAUUUGGAAAGGUUUUACUGGUUGCUUGCUACACUGAGUUUGAUCAAUUUCAUAAUUUAUCUACUUGUUGCAUCGAGGUACAAGUAUAGGCCAUCGAGUCUUGAUGUCGAGAAGGAGAUUGAGGUAAGACACUAAAUUAUUCCUGAAUAGAGGAUUUGUAAUAUGUGAAGUUAAAGAUCUCUAAAUAUUAGGGUUCCUAAUUUGUUUGUGUUUGAGGUUAUCAUUUUCUUUUGUAUUUAUAAGUUGCUUGAUUUUCUUUUUGCAUGUAUGUUAUAAGUUAAUGCGGUUGUUUAUGAAUAUGAUUUCAGUAAGUAAUUUAUUAUA